AUGUCGCCCGCCCUGACCGUGAGCGAGCUCAGGCAGGCCCUCACCGCCCUCUCGCUCGACUCGCGCGGCACAAAGGACACGCUCCGCAAGCGCCUCGCUCGCUACACCCGCUCCGCCUCGACCUCCCGCCCCGCGUCUCCUCAACCCAGCCACGCACUCGACAAGCCCGACUCGCAGCGCUACCACUCGUUCCUCGUCUUCGACGUCGAGGCAACCUGCGAGCUCAUCCCCGAACCCUGGGGCAAGCUCGCCUUCUCGUACCCGAACGAGAUCAUCGAGUGGCCCGUCGUCCUCCUUCAGUGGCGCCGCAAAUCACGCACCGCCCCCUCGACCACCGACGACGCCAACGCCGACGACGACGACGAGUGGGAACUCGUCAAGACGGCCGAGUACCACUCGUUCGUCAAGCCUGUGUGGGCACCGAAGCUCUCGGCCUUCUGCACCGAGCUGACGGGCAUCACCCAGGCCGACGUCGACAAGGCGCCGACAUUCCCCGACCUGUGCAAGCGCUUCUACAACGACUUUAUCCUCCCUCGCCGCCUCUUCACGCCCGAGAACCGCACCGUCUGGGUCACCGACGGGCCUUGGGACCUGCGCGACUUUGUCGCCAAAACGUGCUACCUGUCCAAGACGCCGCGCCCGCCCUGGCUCGCCGGCGACAUCAUCGACCUGCGCAACCUCGCCGCCGCCUUCUUUUCGUCGCUCAAGAAGCGCUCGCCGUCGCCGCCGGCGGUCCCUGCGUCGAGUGGUGCCGGAGCGCGCGACGAGGGCGACGCUGUCGAGGUGCCGUCGACGCCUGCGCCCCUGCCUGCACCCCUCGCGCCGGCCGAUGCCGCCGUCCCCCCACCCUCGACCUCACUCGCCUCGUCCGCCCCCUGCGACCCAGUCUACCUCCCCUCGCACGCCCUCACGGCCCCGCCCAACCUCUCGCUCCCCUCGGUCCUCGCUGCGCUCACGCUCGCGCCCUUCGAGGGCCGGCUCCACUCGGGCCUGUGCGACGCGCGCAACGCGGCCCGGAUCCUCGUCGACCUCGCGGCGCGCGGCGUCGUGCUCGACGCGAACAGGAGGGUGCCCGAGGGCGGCAAAGGCGCGAGGGAGAGGAGCUGGGGGUGGAUGAGGACCGGGGCGGCGGCGGCGACGGCGGCCGGAGCGGGCGGCAGGGCGGAGGUAAAGUGGGAGGAGUGGAGCAAGAAGGAGGGCGAGCGGUUCGAGCGCGAGGUGCGCGAGGGCAAGCGGCAGCCGUGGUUGAGGCGGUGA